AUGGCCCGGUCUGCUUCCCUCCAUGUGAUGUUGGCGGCCCAUCGCCGAGGUCUGGUGUGGCGUGAGGGAGACCACCCGGCAGCCUGCUGGAGAAGUCGCUCGAGGUACCGGAUCUCAGUGCCUCACGAGUUGUCGCUUUUAUUCAAGUGUCGCAAGAAGCAAACUCGGCUUCACCAGGGUCUGGAACACCUUCGACACCCGCCCUGGUCUGGGAUCGGCCAGAGAAGUAUCCCGACGGGGAGGUUCACUCCUACGGAUCGUUUCGAACGACAGCCAAGGCCGGACGAACUAUGCAUUGCCUUCUGCCCUUAUUUCCGCCUGCAGGUUAUCUGUCGGUCUGUCGGUCUUCCCGGUUGGCCCGUGUUCGGUGGGCCGGCCUGGGCCGCGCUCUGGGGAUUGGGCAGAAUGGAGGCGACACGACUGGGCAGGGCGGCGAUGGCGGCGGGGAGGCCGUCAACAGUCCCACGGUCCCCACUGAAGAUGGCGGUGUGGCGAACAUGGAAGUUGCAGCGCAGAGAUGGAGCACUCGCAACCUAG